AUGUCCACUAUCGGGAUCUCUCUUUUCCCCCAGGCUGAGAUGAGUGUGUGGAGCUCGGUAGGAGUUGGUGUUGGAGGCUUAGGAAGCGAGGUGUCGGGCUUCGAAGGCGCCGGAGGAGGCUCUGCGCGCACCGCCCAGGGCGGGCCUGCGGGUCCGGACACCGCCGCCUGCGGGGAGUCUCGGUGCCGCGUCCCGCCCGGUCGCUGGGUUGUGGUCGCUCCGCUCUGGCCGGAGGCGCCGACGGCGGCGGCGGCCGCGCCGAGGGACCCGGCCGAGGCAAACGCUGUGGGCCCCGGGCGGUUCCCUGCCCGUUUCCCCAGCCGACUAGGAAGGGCCCGAGGGAGCGGCGCCUGGUCCCGGACCGGGAGGCCCGCAGGGGUGGUCUCCCGGUUUCCGACGCUCAGGGUCACGUGGAGUGGGGGAGGCGUGGAGAUGCCUCAGGGCAGUGUGACCUUUGAGGAUGUGGCCGUGAACUUCUCCUGGGAGGAAUGGUGUCUUCUUGAUGAGGUCCAGAUACCCCUGUACCUUGAUGUCAUGCUGGAGAACUUGGCACUUGUGCCCAAGCUGGGUAAGAGCCUCACAGCACCUGCAUCCUCUGAGCCAGGCUGUGUCUUUCUCCUUUUCCCCAGGGGCACCUCUGUCCUUCUCACAUCUGGACCAUGGGAUGUGAUGGAGUAUGUCCUCUGGGUACCUGGGCUGGGCUGAGUGCAUCCCUGCUCCUUGGUGACUGAGCCCUUGUAGGCCCUAAGUCUUGCAGGGAAGGGUUCAGGCUUCGUAGUCUUGCAGUCAGCCCUGUGGAUCCCUCCUUGACUUGCCCUCCCUUUGACCUGGUGACUGUCCGCAUGUAUGGGGCACCCAUGUUUUGCUCCAUUAGUUUACCUGACUUUUUUUUGUGCCUUACCGUGCAAAACGCUGUUCUCAAUGACUUGGCGACUACUAUAACAGACCAUGAGCUGUUGUUGUAAGACCCCUUUCCAAGUUUCCAAUUUGUCUACAUCCACGGUAGCAUCUGUUUUCUGUUCUUUUCACAAGUAUUUUUUUUAAAUGAAUUUAAUUUAUGGCUCCACCACUGGCAUAUGGAAGUUCCCCGGCUAGGGGUUGAAUCAGAGCUGCACCUGUGAC